AUGGCGCGAAUCUAUCUAUCUAUCUAUCUAUCUAUCUAUCUAUCUAUCUAUCUAUCUCAUUCUGUUCAUAUCUAUCUAUCUAUCUAUCUAUCUAUCUAUCUAUCUAUCCUAUUUGAUAUUUACCUUACGUUGUUUCUAUCUAUCUAUCUAUCUAUCUAUCUAUCUAUCUAUCUAUCUCAUUUGAUAUUUAUCUUACUUUGUUUCUAUCUAUCUAUUACCCGCUCGGCCCGGUGGCUAGGAUCAAAGUGUAGCCUUUGUGCCACAUUCAAUCCCCGUGGGUGGAUUGAUAAAUACCAUCUAUCUAUCUAUCUAUCUAUCUAUCUAUCUCAGAAUAUUCAUAUGUAUGUCAGUCUGUUCUUAUCUAUCUAUCUAUCUAUCUAUCUAUCUAUCUAUGUCCGUGUGUUCUUAUCUAUCUAUACAUCUUCUGUUAUCUCUCUCUCUCUCUCUCUAUCUAUCUAUCUAUUUAACAUUAAUAUCUAUCUAUCUAUCUAUCUAUCUAUCUAUCUGCAGGACGCAACUGCAACCUCCUUCUUCUUCCGUCCUGCAACUCUUCUCGCCAAGGUCCGAACUCUUCUCUCUCUGCUCACUUCUUCUUCUUCUUCUUCUUCUUCUUCUUCUUCUUCUUCUUCUUCUUCUUCUUCUUCUCUAAGAGAAUAUCCUUCUUCUCUUUUACUUUUCAAUUCAUACUCUUUCCCCCUCCCCACAAUAUUUUUAUUCUUCUCCUUUCCAUCUUCUACUUCUUUAUUUUUCUUCUUUUUUUUCUUCUUUCUUCUUCUUUCUUGCUCUUUUGAAUUCUUAUUUGACGUCUUCUUUCUUUCAUUUUUAAUUAUCCUUCGUUGUUUUCUUCGUUUAUCUUCUACAACCUUAUUCUUCACUCGUAUUUUCCUUUAUUUCUUCUUCAUUCUUCCCUCUCCUUUUCCUUUCCUUCUUCUUAAAUUCUUCCCUCUUAUUUUCCUUUCUUCUUUCUUUCUUUCUUUCUUUCUUCCCUUUUUUUAUUCGUGCCUUUUUUCUUCAUUCUUCCCUCUUCUUUUCCUUUCUUUCUUCUUCAUUCUUCCAUCUUCUUUUCGUUCCUUCUUCUCCAUUCUUCCCUCUUAUUUUUCCUUUCUUCAUACUUCCCUCUUCCUUUCUUUCUUUCUUUCUUUCUUUCCUUCUACUUACCUCUUUUUUCCCUUCUUUCUCCUUCAUUCUUCCCUCUUCUUUUCCUUUCUUUCCGCUUCAUUCUUCCAUCUUCGUUUCUUUCUUUCUUUUUCAUUUCUCCAUCUUCUUUUCCGUUCCUUCUUCUUCAUUCUUCUCUCUUAUUUUCCUUUCUUCAUUCUUCCCUCUUUCUUUCUUUCUUUCUUUCUUUUUCUUUCUUUCUUUCUUUCUUUCUUUCUUUCUUUCUUCUUCAUUAUUUCCUCUUUUUUCCAGCCUUUCUUCUACAUUCAUCACUCUUCUUUUCCAUUCUUCUCCAUUCUUCCCUCUUAUUUUCAUUUCUUCAUUCUUUCCUCUUUUUUCUUUCUUUCUUUCUUUUUCAUUCCUCCUCUUUUUUCCUGCCUUUCUUCAUCAUUCUUCCCUCUUCUUUUGUUUUCCUUCUUCUUCAUCCGUCCCUCUUCUUUUCCUUUCCUUCUUCUUAAAUUCUCCACUCUUAUUUUCCUUUCUUUAUUCUUCCCUCUCUCUUUCUUUCUUUCUUUCUUUCUUUCUUUCUUUCUUUCUUUCUUCUUACCUCUUCUUUUCCUUUCUUUCCUCUUCAUUCUUCCAUCUUCUUUUCUUUCUUUCUUCUUCAUUUCUCCCUCUUCUUUCCCGUUCCUUCUUCUUCAUUCUUCCCUCUUAUUUUCCUUUCUUCAUUCUUCCCUCUUUCUUUCUUUCUUUCUUUCUUUCUUCUUCAUUAUUCCCUCUGUUUCCUGCCUUUCUUCUUCAUUCUUCUUUCUUCUUUUCCUUUCUUUCUUCUUCAUUCUUCCCUCUUCUUUUUCUUUUCUCUUCUUCUUUUUUCGUUCGUUCCAUCCUGAUUCUUCCAUUUUCUUCUUCCUGCUUUCUCUGAUUUUUUUCCGAUCUACUCGAAUCGCAUAA